AUGCUUAAAGAUAAGCGGGCCCUGCUAUUGUCACGUGACGCCUGGAACACCAAUUACGGUCUAUGUAACAAACGUGGUAACCUCCAAGAAAAGCAAACAGAACUUUGUGUUGAAGCCUCUGGUGCAUAUAGACCACGCCCAUAUCCUCGGAGCACCCUCCCGCUCGCGGACGUGGUGGCGGUCAAUUACGUCCACGAGCAGGACCGCAGCCUGUGCUGCGGCUUCCAGGGUCUAGACGACGAGGGCAAGCCCUUGAGCGCCGACCUGGCGUCGACGCCGCCUCCGCGUCACCACGCCUUCGUGCUGCACUACGCCGCCCCCACCACCAAGAACCGCUGGCGCCUCCAGACCGUCACCCUCAACCACACCGACCCGCGCCAGAUUGCCUCCUGGGUCAAGACGAUCCGCAACUAUCUAGCUGUGAGGAUAUAUCGAGCAUGUAUGGCUUGCGGCAUCACAGAAGCGGGCCAGGGUAGGCCUGCCAGCGGGGCAGAAGAAGUCGUGAAAGAACGGCCGGUUUCGGUCGUUAGGCAACCCUUGACCUUUGCUGCCAAAUCGAUUGGGCGGCCGCAGAAGGAUUCAAAGCGAGCGUGGAACCGUCCCCUAUCACAAGUAGCAUUUCUCACGAUCCGCGUGUACGUGUCACAGACUGCACGAACACCGCCCCCAUCGGUCCCCGUCCCUCUCGCCAUUCCCAUUUCCACCCUCUCCCCAUCCCCAGCUCCCACCCAGGGGUGGGCGGAUUCUAAUUUGACGCUCCAAGUAGUGGCGUUUUGA